AGUAGUGAAGCGUAAUCAAUAAGACACUCAGUUUCGAAUUUUUUGAUGACACGUUAUUUGCUUUUCAGGUGACGAUAAAUAACUUUAAACAAUUCAAGAGCUCAAAAUAUGCCCAACAUUAGGGGGGUUACUCUGUAAGGAGUUGCGCAAGUGAAAACGCUGGUUAAUGAAAAAAAGCAACUCUGUAAGAUGACAAGCGCAUUGAAAAUCGCGUUUGGCGCAUUUAUUUUUACCCCUUCGCAAUGGCAGCACUCUGUAUUGCGUAAACGACUGUCAAAUCUGUGCUUUUACGAAUUUUUGAUUCGAUAUCAAACUGGCAAGCGCAACGGACAAAAAAUUUAAGUUUAUAAGGCAUAUUUGUAGUUUUAAUUAAAAAAAAAUGUAUUUAACAGGGAACAUUCUAAAAAUAGACAAACAAACCCAACACAAUUCGAAAUUUUACUUAAUUAUAUGAAAACACAUUCGGAACUUUCCAAAGGACAACUUGAAGCUGUGGACGCGAAAAAUACUGCAAAUAAUUUAUGGAAAGAGUUGGUAUGUGACCUUAAUGCUGCGGGGCCACCAUCGCGCGAUGUUUUAAAAUGGAAAAAGGU